CAGCAGGACUGGCCAACAGGAGACUGCUUCCCCCAAGUUUGCUUCGCUCUGCAACUGGUAGAGAGGUGAUGUAAGCCGAGCUUAGCCAGACCCACUAGAAGGCUUUCAGGCUGGGGUGGACAGUUAUACGUGGGAAUGAAGGGGGAGGAAAAAAAACCCCUCAGGUGUUUUACACAUUGGGAGAAAUCACAGUCCAACUGAGCUAGCCUGGAACUGCACGCCAGUCCCUCUGCACCAGGAGACCUAGAACUGCAGACAGCCCUCUAGCAGCUUUGGUUAGCAGAUCCGCUCUGCUCAGCUCACACCUCUCCUCACCUCCCCGAGCUUGGAAACGUGUGCAUGGGUGUGAGAUUUUCCCCCUGUAGAAAUAUCUUCCUUCUCUGUGAGCACCACAUUCAAAUGCCGGCUAAAGCAGCAGCAGCCACUCACAAUCAGGGAGACAGAAGGCUGGCAGAGCUCUCCUGCAUUUGCUUUGUUUCUCAUUUUUCAUCUGGAUUUAAUUGAUGGACCAGAGCCCUGCUGAAGCCAAAGGGGGGGAAGAUCUAGUUUCCUAACAGAAGGGAAAGGAAGUGUGUGCAUUGAGGUCUUUGCCACAGGCUGGCCAGGUUCAGGAUGGAUCCUCUCUUCCCUGCUCAUAUUUUGGAAGACCCUGAUCUGAGGAAACUGCUGAACGACUCCUCAAUGCUGAACCUGAGUUUUCCCAGUAACUGGUUUAACAACGGCACAGGAGACGGCUUCUUGCCACUGGGCAUCAAGAUCACCAUUGUGGUCGUCUACUCCAUCGUGUGCAUAGUGGGGCUGGUGGGCAACUGCUCGGUCAUGUAUGUUAUUGUCAGAUUCACCAAGAUGAAGACGGCCACCAACAUUUACAUCUUUAAUCUCGCCCUGGCCGAUACCCUGUGUCUGAUAACCUUACCCUUCCAGGGUACGGACACAUUCCUAGGGUUCUGGCCCUUUGGAAACAUCCUCUGCAAGAUCGCCAUCUCCAUUGACUACUACAACAUGUUCACCAGCACUUUCACCCUGACCAUGAUGAGCGUGGAUCGUUACAUCGCCAUCUGUCACCCCAUCAAGGCGCUGGAUAUCCGUACCCCCCACAAGGCCAAAGUGGUCAACAUCUGCAUCUGGGCCCUGGCUUCAGUCUUCGGUAUCCCAGCUAUGGUGAUGGGUUCAGCAGAGAAUGAAAAUAAUGAGAUUGAUUGUCUAAUUAAGCUCCCUAAACCUGUGGAUUACUGGGAUCCAGUAUUUGGGAUUUGUGUCUUUCUCUUCUCCUUCAUGAUCCCUGUGUUGAUCAUCACCAUUUGCUACAGUCUUAUGAUCCGGCGUCUUAAGAAUGUCCGUGUUCUCUCAGGCUCCAAGGAGAAGGAUCGGAAUCUGCGGCGCAUCACUCGAAUGGUCCUGGUGGUGGUUGCUGUCUUCAUUAUUUGUUGGACCCCCAUUCAGAUUUUCGUGCUGGUCCAGUGCCUGGGUGCAAAGGCCGAAAGCGAGCUCGAGUUAGCCAUCUCAUGCUUCUGUACCGCACUGGGAUAUGCCAACAGCAGCUUGAAUCCUGUCCUCUAUGCCUUCUUGGAUGAGAACUUCAAGACGUGCUUCAGAAAGUUCUGCUUCCCCGCCGCCUUCCGAACAGAGCUCCAGAUGUCCAACAGGAUGUGCAGUAUCGCAAAAGAUGUCGUUUAUGCCUGCAAGAACUCAGAGGGGACUAACAAUCCAGCAUGACUAGGCAUGGAAAUUCCCAUGGUGGCUGUCAGCCAGCAGAGCCCAACGACCCCCACUUCAGAGCUAACUCAGAUAACAGCUCUUUAACAGGAGCUUUCUGACCCAGAAUUGGAGACUGGAAACCUAGGCAGCAAUCUGGGGGCAAGGCAAAUAAAAGAACUGCAAGAGCAUGCAGAAAAGUGAGCCAUUUUGACACCUUUCUUAUUCCACUGCUCUCCCUAUUAAGUACUAUAUUUUAACUCAGCCACCAUUAAGUCCUAUGAGCCACUAAGGUCAUGCACUUUGCUUACGGUUAUAAAGAAUUCAGGAAUUAGAGUCGAACUCAGACUUUGCUCCUGAGGUUUAUUUUGCCAUUGUUUCUGGAAAGCAGACAAAAUGCUAGUAACUUUUCUUGGUUGAGUUAGUUCAGUGGCUCAUCAAAUAAUAUGGAUUGCCGUGUGCUUGUGUGGGAAUUUUAGGCCAGCCGCGUCUCUCUGAAAUGAGGCUUCAUUGGCUCCAAAGCAAGGAACAGCAGUGAAACAAAACAAAGAUCAUUUCCAGAAUUACUUAUGACUGGUGUGUGUGUGUGUGUGUGUGUGUGUGUGUGUGUGAGAGAGCGUGCGCGCGUGCGCGCGUGGGGGAAUUCAGACACUCCAGCCAAGAAAGAAAGAAAGAAGACUAGACAGUGUCAUUGCAUGGCUGGAUAUCUCAACUCAAAGCCACUGAAAGAGAAGUGGACAACUUCCAGUGAAGGAACAUACUAAAAUCAAACCAUGUGCCACAGAGGUGGGGGGCAGGGCGGGAGGGAUGUGAAGGGAUUGUAAAAAAUGACAAACAACUGCUUGGAAGGGGUAGAAGGCAAGACAAAUGAGACAAAUGUAAAUUCAGAGGAAAGAGCUGGAAUUGCUUUUUCUACAUUUUCAUUAUAACAAUGGAUUGUACUUUGUGUGUGUGUGUGUGUUUGUGUGUGUUUGUGUAUGUAUAUAUACACACACGUCUAUAUAGAGAUAUAAUUAAUAUUUCAACUUGCCAGACAUUUCUCAGAGGCAUUUCCCAAUGGAGUCAAGACGACAGGUUAAAUCAAUGGAGUGGCUUAAUAUGCAAAGACAUUUCAAGUUAGUUAUGAUGUCCUGAAGAAAGUACUGAUAUUUUGACAGCAAGGCAUCUGAAAACACUCCAAGUUCCUCUGCUAUCCUCCCUUCUGCUCCCUGUAAUAUGGACAAACAGUUCUACAAACAGACCGGCUGAGUGGCGCUGCAGACAGAAUGCUGGAAGAGGGAGCCUUUCCCCCUAAAGUGUUCUGGGCAUACUGCUCUAAUCAGCUAGUGGGCACCCCCACCCAGCUGUGCGUCGCUUUUAUGACACAACCGACUUGUCACCUCAAGUGAAAUCAUCUGCCCUGUUGUGUCAUUAAAAACUGAAAGUGUUUAUGAAGAAUAAACCACUCAACCCUCCCUCCACGGGCGGCCUCUGAAAAUGGAACCUUUUCUUUCUGUAGCACAAGAGACCAGGAGACCAUUGGGGGCGGCAAAGAGUGGGAAAAAAUGUUUCCUGACUGGCUGAAAGCAACAGGACUUUUUUAAACAGUUUGAGCUGGGGGUGGUAGGCUCCAAAAUGAAGGAGGCAGCAAUUCUUGCACUUCAUACCAAUUGUACAGAUUUUCUUGUGCGCUGUUCUGCGAAAUGAUGUAUUUUUAAUGUGUUGAUAUGCUGACAUUUUAAUGCUGCACUGUUCUUUAUAUAUAUAUAUGCUGGAUGAGAACACAAUGUUAUAUUUCUAUGUAAAGUUUUUCUCUUUUGGCAAGGCUUGGAGAACAAUUAAAAUUCCUAAGUCACACACCUAGGAACCAGACCACUUGAAAACUAUGCUAAAUUGUACAUGCUCUGGGAACCAGAAGGAGUCUCAAGCAUCUGUCAUGGGAUUUAAAGGGAUUCAGUAGAAAACUUUGUAAUUAAUAUUUUCUAUUAAGAAUUGAGGGGAAAAAAGACAGGCCCAGGAAAUACUGUGCAAUGGAUAGUUACCCCCAAACAAUUGCACCAGCAAUGAGGACUGAUAUGAUUACCCAUAAUAAAAUAUCAAGCAUGCAGAGAAGUAACACCUGAAAACAAUGUAUCUUAAAGCCAUUGCUGGCAAUUGCAUCCAUAUCCUUGGAAGAUAAAAAUAAGUUUUCUUUUCUUUCUCUUUUUAUUUUUACUGCACGUAAUGACAACACUACUAUUCAAUGAAGAAUCUUGAUUUCUCUUAACCAUUAGCCAUCACCUCGUUUGAUAGGGUCGUUUACAUGUUGUACACAAAGUGUGAAGAGGUUGAAAUCGAUGCACAAUCACUUUCUGAAGUGCUGUUAGGGGACCCAGGCAAAUGAGGUCUUUGACAGGAGAGGGUUCAGUUAAUGACUGAUCAAAGAACCUCAAUGAACCCCUUUUUAGUUCUUGGUUGGAUUGUUAAAUACUUUUAUGUCCUUAAGAAAAACUCUUGGGUUUCUUCGAUCAUUUAAGAUGACACACACACUUAUAUAUAUAGUAAAAGUUGGGUGGCAUUUUUUAAACAGAAAUGACUUUGUUAUCUUAACCUAUGCUCAACCAUCCUACAGAAACAAUAUACUCAGUAAGUGUCUGCCUACUCAGCUUUCGGAUAAUUCGUGGCCUUUGCCGUGAGUGUGUUAUACAUUCUGAUUUAUGCUCAAUGGAAUUUGUUAUAAGAAGAGCAACUACAACAACAAUGGAAGCUUUAUUGUACUGUGCCUCUGGAAGUAAAGAAUCAUGGCUGGCUGAAAUGCAAGCCCUUUAAUUAUCUUCUGAAACGGUCGUGGUGGGUCUGAUUGAGCUUAUGACUAUUGCAGUGUAAAUGGCAAAUUUCCUACAUGGUUACUUGUGCUUUAAUAAAGGAAAAUAAACGCCUGCACUUUGAAU